AUGAACGAGCUGCCCCUGUGUCUUGCACCCGGCUUGCUGGGAGACAUGACCAUUGAAAAAGAAGAGAUCGUCAAUCUUAAUGUCAUUGAGCGAAUCAAGUAUCCUGGCUUUGAACGACGCUUCGCAUUCGUCCCGCUGGUCGGUACCUACUCUCAGUACCUGCUCCUUCAUCACAUGAUCAACGAAGUUGAAGCAGGCAAAGCGACUCUCACAAACCAAAUUGAUAACGAGCGUCACGGUGGCAUUUGGUUUGAGUAUUUUGAUAAUGAUAAGUAUCCGGAGCCCAAGGCUUGUGCUGUCGAGUAUCUGCGCGAGUAUCUUGACAUAGUAGAUCGCUAUGUCAAAUUGAAGUGGGAUAAUCCAUGCUCAAAGACCGUUUUUACAGCACUGGAAAACCAGUGGUAG